AUGAAAUGCAAAGAAGAGUAUAGUGGAUGGUCUUUAGGCCGACAGCUGCAAGUUUCUUUUGUAACGACUACAUUUUUCUUAUCAGCAGUACUUGUUUUAAUCACAAAAUUUCAAUUAGACUGGCUUAGAGACAGUCUUUUAUCAAAAACUCAUGACGUCCUCGCAAACUCAAUUACAGAUCAAAUGGGGACUUUAGCAAGGGAAAAGUCUGCAGUCGUCGAGCAAGAACUAGACAAUGAUAUAAAUUUUGUAAAACAGCUAAAAGAACUUGACAAAACUAUGCUGGGAUGAGGAAAUUACAAAGAUCCUAUUAUUGUCCCAAAUGCGCCUAUUAUGGAUAAUGAUAUUUCUUCAUCUUCAUUGUCUUUAAACGAGUAUGGUGUAAAAGUUACAUAUGCCACAGGUGUUUUUCAGACAAGAAUUGACCCUAUUUCAACUGAUGGGGAAUUGCUUAUGAAUAACUCAGCUGCGAUGGACCAGAUAUACCCAGUACUUAAUAGAAAAAAAUAUUUAGCGAUGUAUGCAGGAUUUGCGACUGAUGAAAUUAUCCAUUAUUAUCCUGGAAAAAUUUUUAGUGAUUCUUCGUAUACUCCGAUAGUUCAAGAAUGGUAUUAUAGCGCUAUUAAUAAAGAAGGGUCUAUUAUAAUAACUGAGCCUUAUACAGACACAGACUCAGAAAAACUGAUAUUUUCAAUUUCUACAGCUAUAGCCAAUGCUAAAGGCGUUUCUGGGAUCGAUGUUUUAGCUUCUUCCUUACAGCAGCCUUUUAUAAAUGUUACUAUUUUAGACUCAGGCUUCAUGUUCCUUAUAAGCUCAGGAGGAGUUGUAAUUUACGCUCCUGAGUCCUGGGCUUAUAUGGGCACAGCAUUCAGAAUUUAUGACCAAACUUUAACUGGGAUUUCCCAAGGCCAAUGAAAUCGCUGAAUUCUGGACCCAGACCCAUACAAUAGGUUUUCAUUCUCAGAUAUAAACGGGACUGAAUAUUAUGCUGUAAUAAAUCCUGUAUAUCCAGCAAAUAUGCCUAAUAUAACCCAUUAUGUUAUGUCGUGCGCUGUACAAAGUGAAACUGAAGAUAUGCUUGAUAGUAUUUCUAAUAAUUACCAAAACACUUAUUAUGCCAUUUUCUUUAUGAUUCUUGGAAUUGCUGUAGCUGUUUUUAUAGUGAUUACGACCUGUGCUUAUUUUAUUACAAGGAAAACCAGCAGACAGUUGAAAAAUAUUGAGACUGUUUUUUCGAGGAUUACUCAUAAAGGACUUUUUCCAAAUUUGAUCAAAGGAAUUGGGGCUGAUGUAUUAUUGGCAGACUCUUCAGGGAUGAAAAACUUGAUGGAAGCUUCACUGGACAAGGUGGACAAGAUAAGGGAUUUAGAAGAUCAAUAUGAAAGCUAUGAAUGGGGACUCACGAGACCUGCAGAUAAGUACUUGUUUACAAGGUGAAAUGAAAGACUAUAUCCUUUAAAUUGGCAUAAUGAAAAACAAAUGAGCUGGAGACAUGUAUUGCCAAAGCUUACAAAAAUUGGCCAAGAAACAAGGCCCAGUUAA